UUUCUGAGCACUAUAUUCGGUAUUUUGUGUGGUUUUCUGAACUCUAUAUUUAGUCUUUUUGCCUUCGGAAUUGGAACUUCAAUUGGGCUCGUCGUUGGCUAUUACGCGUUUAUAAACGCACUGCCCACUGAUGUUGAGGUCUGGUUCUGUUUCAUUUGAAUUCUCAUUAUGUUUUGCUUCUAUUAUUUUCGUGUGGAUGUUGAUAACUUUUUUUGGUUCUUAUGCAUUAUGAUUUUCAUCAUUUUUUUGUUUGAGUGAAGCGCUAUUUCAUGGGUGGCUGUUCUUGUACUUCCAUAAGCGGCUGUAAAAUUUACCCAUUUUUUAGUUGAAAAGUGAAUAUAAGAUAAAAACUUCAUUCUAGGUGAUCAACAGUUUUUCAUUAUGGUCUGAUAAAUAUAUGAGAUCCUGUUUGUUUCUUCAGCCUAUUUUAGUUUCUGGAUUCUAUCUCCAGUUUCAGUGUGCAAAUAUCACUACUUUUUAGUGUCAUUAUGACCUUGAAAGUUGCAUAUUCACCAUUUUAAGUUGAAAAACACUAUUGUGUAAUGAUCACAGGAGCGUAGGCUUUAGGUUUUUCUAGGAAAAUUUUCAGUUUUUUUAGGCUUUUCUAAAUAGUGAUAUGAUAUCCCACUGAGCAUUUUGGUGUGGAAGCUAAACAACAUCGUAAAUUGUCUCCAAUAUGAUGAUUCAACCAUUUGAACAUUGACAAGAUGGUUGCAUUGUUUCUUUUGGUUGUUAAACAUGUCUGUUUUUAGGAUGUAAAAGUUUGUCCUUUGGUCGAGGACUUGGAAACUUUGCAGCGGUUGAUUCCAGAGAUCCCCUUGUGGGUCAAAAAUCCAGAUUUCGAUCGUGUUGACUGGCUUAACAGAUUUAUUGAGAAUAUGUGGCCUUACCUGGACAGGUUUUCUAGGCAAUUUGUACAACUGCCAAGAAUAUAGCAAAGCCAAUUAUUGAUGAGCAAACUCCACAAUACAAAAUUCAAUCAGUUGAAUUUGAAACUUUCACUCUCGGUACCAUACCACCUACUUUUCAAGGAAUGAAAGUCUAUACCACUGAUGACAAGGAACUGAUCAUGGAACCAUCAAUUAAGUGGGCAGGGAAUCCUAACAUCAUUAUCGCAGUUACAGCUUACGGAUUAAAAGCCACUAUUCAGGUUCUUGAUUUGCAAGUAUUCGGUAUUCCUCGAAUCACUCUGAAGCCUUUGGUUGGUAUCUUUCCUUGUUUUGCCAGUAUAUUUGUCUCCCUAAUGAACAAGCCACAUGUUGACUUUGGGCUGAAGUUACUAGGGGUGGAUCUUAUGGCCAUUCCAGGGUUAUACAGGUUUGUCCAGGAGCUCAUAAAGGAUCAGGUUGCAAAUAUGUACCUGUGGCCUCAAGCCCUGGAAGUGCAAAUAAUGGAUCCUGAACAAGCUUUGAAGAGACCUUUAGGAAUUCUUGAUGUGACAGUUGUGAAGGCAGUGAAGCUUCAGAGGAAAGAUCUCCUUGGCAAAUCAGAUCCUUAUGUGAAACUAAAUUUAAGGGAGGAAAAAGUAGCGUUCAAGAAAACUACGGUGAAACGCAGCAACUUGAACCCUGAAUGGAAUGAGGAAUUUAGUUUCGUUAUUAAAGAUCCAGCAACUCAAGUUUUGGAGUUAAGGGUCUAUGACUGGGACCAGGUUGGCACUCAUGAAGAGAUGGGCCUAAAUGUAGUUCCAUUGAAAGACCUUACACCUGAUGAGCCAAAAGUUUUGACUCUUGUUCUGCUGAAAACUCUGAACCCAAAUGAUCCGCAAAAUGACAAGCCACGUGGGCAGCUUGUCAUCGAACUCGUGUACAAACCUUUCAAGGAGGAUGAGAUGUUAGAUGACAUUGACGAUUCAGGUAAGAUGGAAAAAGCUCCAGAAGGAACACCUGCAGGUGGAGGUUUGCUUGUAAUUAUUGUGCAUGAAGCUCAAGAUCUCGAAGGGAAGUACCACACAAACCCACAUGUGCGUUUGUUAUUCAAAGGGGCGGAGAGAAAAACGAAGCGUAUAAAGAAAAACAGAGAUCCAAGAUGGGAUGAGGAAUUUCAGUUUAGGUUAGAAGAACCACCCACAAAUGAUAGACUUCACGUAGAAGUUUACAGUACCUCUUCCAGGAUAGGGCUACUGCAUUCCAAGGAAUCUUUGGGUCAUGUUUCUAUAAACCUAGUUGAUGUUGUUCAUAACAGAAGAGUCAAUGAGAAGUAUCAACUCAUCGACUCCAGGAACGGUCGGGUUCAAAUUGAGUUGCAGUGGAGAACUUAAGUAUGCCAUAAUUUGGUUUUUUCAUGAAGUUUGUAAAGGAGAUUAGUCCAGAUGUUUUAUGUUGCUAGCAACCAUAGCAUUGCUCACUAUGUUUUUAAUUAUGUAGUUUACUGUUAAUCGAUGUUUCUUGGCUCUGCUUUUAAACAUGUUAAUGUCAAUAACUCAUUUUCUUGCAAAAUA